ACGGGCACUCUAGCACGCGUCCCGGCAUUUUUACCAGCGCCGCUUAAUAUUUAUUUGAUUUGCUUUAAUUAAUGUAAAAGAGAUAUAAAGGAGACUGCAGGUGAGCAAUGGCCAGCCCGUUCCCGAUAAGCAGCCGCAGCGGCCUGUUGCGCACCACGCUCAACAGCUCCAGCGGCAUGCAGAACCUGUCGCACUCGCUGAUCCUCCAGGAACGCAGCGAUGCGGCCGCCAUGGAGGAUCGAUCGAUGAUCGUGGAUUCCGGAGAUGACUUGGACCGUGGCAAGAGCCGUGUGGAUGUGCUAUUCCCACAAUUCUUUGAAGUUUUGCUAACACACAGCGGUGGCCAGGAGAUCUUCGAUGUGAUCCAGGGACUGACACAAGUCUGCGGCGGCGCCGUCGAGCAGCUGGAGCUAGAGAUCGAGCGCGGCAUGGGAGGAACCCAGGGCGCCAAGCAGCGGAAGUCGAUACUGGCUUGGCUGCGUCAGGAAAUCUAUACGUGGCGCCUGCUUCACGCUCUCUUCAAAGAUCGCGUUCUGCUGCAAACGGAAAACCAGGCCGACGACGAGAUGCAGGACGGCCCCACCCUAGGCGGCAGCGAGAAGGCGGUGGUCGAACAGCUGUACGUGAUCAAUGCCACGCUAAGGGAGUACCAGCUGGUGGUCGACUGGCUGGAGGCCAGCUACGAACCCGGGGAGCAAGAGAAUCCGCUGCACUGUAACGACCGUAUGAUGGCCUGGGAGAACACACUCUACCAGCUGGAGAACCGGCAGGGCGUCGCUUUUGGCCGCGGUCAUGAGAUCGUGCAGCGCCUGGAUCCAGAUGCCCCCAUUCGGGAGAAACGUCCCCUGCACGCCGUCGACGAGGAGGACAAUGCACGCCUUUCCCGCGCCAUCUUUAUGGCCAUCCGGUCGGGACGCGUUGACGAUGGUCUAAGGCUGUGCAAGCACUACGGCCAGACUUGGCGCGUCGCCAUCCUAGAGGGUUGGCGCCUCCACGAGGAUCCCAACUUUCAGGAGAGCAGCUCAGUCGCCCGGGAAAAGCUGCCCAUCAUGGGCAAUCCGCGGCGGGAUAUAUGGAAGCGGUGCGCAUGGCUCAUGGCCGAUUCCAGCAGAUAUGACGAGUACACUCGGGCCACGGCUGGCGCCUUCUGCGGUCACCUGGGUUCCCUCAAGUCUCUGCUGCACAACAACUGGCACGACCUUUUGUGGGCCCAUCUCAAGGUUCAGAUCGACCUGCGUGUGGAGUCCGAGGUGCGGGGAUGUUGCGGAAAGCGUUACCAACCAAUGCCCGACGAUUACUGGAACGGCAAGAUGACCAUGGAGCAGAUAUUCGAGGAGCUGAACGUGGCCAAAGAUGCGUCCGUGAGGGACUUCGCCAAGAGUCAGCUGGGUGUUAUCCAGCGCCACUUAAUCCUGGAUACCUGCGGCGAGCUGCUACAGCACAUGGUGCGCUGGCUUGAGGAUGCUGCAACGGCCCAGUUGCAGCCGCACCAGCUGCGCUUUAUGGCGCACAUUGUACUCUUUCUGCGGCAGAUCGGUCGCGUGGAUCAGGAGAGGCUGGCGGAGAAGAUAAUCGCCACCUAUGUUGAGGUAUUGAUUGUGCGCGGAGAUCCCCACUUGGUGGCCUUCUAUGCCGCAGCUCUUUCGAAUCCCCUGCAAGUUCAGCUGUACUCGCGCUUCCUGGAGCAGGUGGAGGAGAAGCGGGCGCGGGAGUUGGCUCUGGAAGCUGCCUUGCAGGCCGGCCUAGAUGUCCAGGAAAUCACACGGCUCACUGUGGAGAACAUUCGACGUGUUCAUAUCUCGCUUGGGGAGUUUGGGGAACCACCUUCCGGCGAGAUCUCCGCCGAGGAUCAGCGCAAGAUCUCGGCCCUAGAUUGGCUGGUCUCACUGCGCGAGCAGCGCGGCGAGCUGCUGUGGCAGGCCAAUGCCAUGAUGCGCAUUUACCUGGCCAGCAACAAGGUGGAGUGCAUGCGGCAGACAUUCCGAAAGGUGCCCGGCGACGUGGUCCACGACCUGCUGAGCAUUUACAGCUCUCUGGACAACGUUCCGCCUCGCGAGGAAUGCAGCCUGAAAGAGUACCUGUGCUACAAAGUCUACUUGACGGGCAUCGACAGCUACAUGGAGUGGAAUCACAUGCAACUGAACAAACCGAAGAAGCCGCCGACGCUGGCGGCCGCUUCGGCGCAGGACAACUUUACGGAGCGCAUGGCCAACGAGCGCAAGGAGCAGGCCUACAGAACCGAAGUCCAGCGCUGGGAACACAAGGUCAUGGAGCAUGCAAAGCAGGCCCAGGAAGCUCUGUACAAUAUCCUGCUCUUCCCGGAAAAGGGAUGGCUCGUCGAUCCCUUCAUUCCCCAGGAGCCGGAGAACGCCAAGCUACUAAACUGGGAGCAACGCCAGUUGCAAAUGGAGAAGCUGCGCUCCACCUGCCUGCCCGAGGUGGCUCUCCUGCUGAACGACGUCAUGUUCAAGACGCGCGACUUUGCCGGCUGCGUGCGACUGGCAGAUGAGAUAUCCUGCAAAAAGCGGCAGCUUUACAAGGUCUAUACGAAGCACAAGCUGGCCGAGCUCAUGGCCAAGAUUGCGGACGCCUCGCUGGAGCUGCUCAACUCGAAGCUGGAUCCCUGGGGCUACCCCAUCACCGCCUAGGAGGCGGAACUCAGGAACUACUUAGUGUGUGUGUUUUUUGCAAUUAUAUUCUAAUUUUAAACGUU